AUGUCUAUCGAGUACAAAUACUACCCAACAAAGAAAUCCACAAUUAUUACAGCACCCUUUUCUGGUGGCCAGCCAAAAGGUGGAGUUGAUCUUGGUCCAGAAUACAUUCUCAAUGCCGGUUUUCAAAAACAGAUUGAAUCCUUGGGUUGGCAAACAACUAUUGCAAACCCUUUGGCUGAACUCGAUCUCGAAGCUAAAAAAUCAAAUAUUAAGGAUACUUUCCACGUGAAAAACAGCGCAAUUGUCAGUCAAUGCUGCAAGCAAAUCUUUGACGCAUGUUCACAAUCACUCAAGGCACAAGCCAUGCCCGUAGUGAUUGGUGGCGACCAUUCCAUCGGCACUGCUACUGUAGCAGCAGCACUCUCACAUAACCCAGACACAUGCAUUGUUUGGGUUGAUGCACACGCAGAUAUCAAUACCCCAUUAACCACAGACUCAGGGAACUUACACGGGUGUCCACUAAGCUUUGUUAUGGGUCUUGACUCUGAAUCAUAUCCCCCUGAGUUUUCAUGGGUCCCUCAAUUACUCAAGUCCAACAAACUAGUCUAUAUCGGAUUACGUGACGUUGAUGAAGGCGAAAAGCGUAUCCUUAAAGAAAACAAUAUCGCUGCUUUUUCAAUGUACCAUAUCGACAAGUACGGUAUUGGCAAAGUAGUUGAAAUGGCGUUGGAUAAAGUCAACCCCAACAGAGACUGUCCAGUGCACUUGUCCUACGACGUUGAUGCCAUCGACCCAAGCUUUGUCCCCGCCACCGGUACCAGAGUCGAAGGUGGAUUGAGUCUAAGAGAAGGUUUAUUUGUAGCUGAAGAAAUUGCACAAACUGGACUUUUACAAAGCUUGGAUAUCGUAGAGACUAAUCCAAUGUUGGCAGAAACAGAAGAACACGUGUUGGACACAGUAAGUGCAGCGUGCGCUAUAGGAAGGUGUGCAUUGGGACAAACCUUACUUUGA